AUGAAGAUGAGAUUCUUCCUUGUAGCUUCUAUGAUGCUUCUCAGCUUCCUUGAGAUUAGUGAAGGAGGCAGUCUCAGGAAGAAUUUCUAUAAGAAAUCAUGUCCUCAAGCUGAGGAGAUUGUGAAGAACAUAACCCAACAGCAUGUUUUUUCAAGGCCUGAGCUUCCAGCCAAGUUGUUAAGAUUGCAUUUUCAUGACUGUUUUGUUAGGGGGUGUGAUGCUUCUGUUUUGAUAGAGUCUACUGCAAGUAACACUGCAGAGAAGGAUGCUCUUCCGAAUUUAUCAUUAUCAGGUUUUGAUGUGGUAAAGGAUAUCAAAGAUGCUGUGGAAGCAAAAUGUCCCGGAAUUGUUUCAUGUGCUGAUAUACUCACAUUGGCUACUAGAGAUGCUGUUUCUGUCCAAUUUAAUAAUAAACAAAAGUGGGAAGUGCUUACCGGUAGAAGAGAUGGUACUGUCUCCAAAAGCCUUGAAGCACUCAUCAAUAUCCCAGCACCUUUCCAUAACAUCACAACCCUCAGACAAAUCUUUGCUAGUAAAAAGCUUACUCUUCAUGACUUGGUCGUGUUAUCAGGAGCACACACAAUUGGAGUAGGACAUUGCAACUUAUUCAGCAACAGGCUUUUCAACUUCACAGGAAAAGGUGAUCAAGAUCCUUCUCUGAAUCCUACAUAUGCCAAAUUCUUGAAGACGAAAUGCCAAGGUUUAAGUGACACCACGACAACGGUGGAGAUGGAUCCUAAUAGUUCAACAAACUUCAACAAUGACUAUUAUCCUAUCCUUUUACAGAAGAAGGGUCUAUUCACAUCGGAUGCUGCUCUUCUCACAACCAAACAGUCAAGAAACAUUGUUAAUGAAUUGGUUUCACAAAACAAAUUCUUCACUGAGUUUGCUCAGUCAAUGAAGAGGAUGGGAGCCAUUGGUGUCCUCUCUGGUUCUGAUGGAGAGAUUAGGAGGAAAUGCUCUAUUGUUAAUUAA